UUACAAAGGAUGCGUAGCCCAGUGGAAAAGAUACACAGACAGCUUAAUGUGAUCAAACUCUCAUCCUGGGAUUCAGCUGGGAUGGGAAUGCACAUCACAUGAAUCCUUCUACAACUGAUACAGUGUUAAUUGUUCUCUGAAUCCAUCCCAGCAACAUUCCUUGCUUGCAGCCAGAUGUAUCAGUCACCUGCUGUCCCCCUGCCCUGCCUUGGGUGAAGCUGCUCUCCUGCAGACCACAUUCAGUAGGGGCUGGGAUGUGGGAGGCAAGUGCAGAGCAUUUAAUUAGACCUCAUGUGCUACUAUCCUCUGCUAUACUGACUGCAGCUCUCCCUGGCUGUCAUGAGAUUGUACUGAGGAAGAGGACUGCUGGAUCUUAUUCCUAGUACACAUUUUUUUGUUUUGUCACAUCAUCCCCCCAUUCUGUGUCUAGAGGACAUCUCAUCCAGGUGCUACAUUCCUUGCCUGUCUUGUUCUACACCAGGAUGGAGCCCUUAGACACAGAGCUCUGCUAUGCCCCGGACCACAGCAUUGUGCAACCUUCUUGCAACGGGCAGACCCUUCAAAGCCACCCAGACCAGGCUACCUACAGGGGUCAGGAGGCACCCGGCACCCAGAUGGAUCAGGACCAGCAGAUGAAGAUCAGUGAAAGUGCCCAAUUCAGUGAUCUAGUGGAAAACAGAGGUUUAUUAGAGAGCAGUACAAAGCUCAAGCCACAUGAAGCCCAAAGCUACAGGAAAAAAGCAUUAUGGAUAUCGUGGACUUCCAUCGUAAUCACGCUGGUCUUAGCAGUAGCGGCUUUCACUGUCUCUGUGAUGAGGUACAGUGCGUCAUCGUUUGGUUUUGCUUUUGACGCUGUCCUUGACGUUCUCUCAUCAGCAAUUGUAUUGUGGCGUUACAGCAAUGCUGCUGCCGUACAUUCUGCACAUAAAGAGUAUAUAGCCUGCGUUAUCCUGGGGGUGAUCUUCAUCUUUUCAGCCCUCUGCAUUGUGGUGAAAGCUAUUCACGAUCUCGCUAUUCGAGUGCUCCCAGAAGUGGAUAACUUUCUGUUUAGUGUUUCCAUUCUGAGUGGAAUUCUUUGCUCACUCUUGGCUGCAGCAAAAAUCAUGCUCGGAAGGGUCUUAACAAGCCGAGCGCUCAUAACAGAUGGAUUCAACUCUCUGGUUGGAGGAAUUAUGGGGUUUUCCAUUCUUCUAAGCGCAGAAGUGUUUAAACAUGAUAGUGAUGUCUGGUAUCUCGACGGCUCCGUAGGAAUUCUAAUUGGAUUCAUAAUUAUGGCGUAUGGUGUCAAAUUGCUGAUUGACAUGGUUCCUCGGGUCCGACAGACACGUCACUAUGAAAUGUUUGACUGAAGAAUUUUAGAACAUAAGGAGCAUCAUGCAGACUAUGAAAUUGUCCAUCCGACACCUGCAAUCAAGUAGCAGCUAUGGGGAAUGUGAGCUUUUUCUCCACAGAUAAUCUGGGCUUUAUUGAAACGUCCAACUAUACAUAAAAAAAAGAAAAAAAAACAUGUGACCUGCGUAUAAAAUAGCACACAGCAUUUUGUUACGGUAUAUUAUGUGAUGGUAGAACUACUUUUAAUCUUACUAUGAAUGGCAAUAUUUUGCAUAAAUGGAGCACAAAUGCACAUGGUAAUGACAACAAUUUCUAUGAAACAUUGCGAUUCUUUGUAACUAUUGCUUCGCGCUAAUGUAUCUGCUGAAUGAACCGUCUUCUGGAUACGGGAGAUUGGAGAAUAUUAGAUACAAUUCUGGAUCACACAUUGUAAAAUACACAACAUGUGCUUUAGAUGACAAUAUAGCCAAUAAAUUAUUUUUAGAGUAUUUUUUAUAUAUAUCUAUAUACUGUAUGGCAGACAUAACUAUAUAAAAAACAUGACAUAAUUAUUUUUUAAUUCACCGCCAUUAAAUAAAGAAUUAAAUGCAUCAUAAGUAGAGAAAUGCAUAAAUAUCCUAAAAGACAAAUACUAUUUAGCUUGUACUUAUUAUUACAUUCCCUAUUUUGCUUUAUUGGGUUUUUUAUGAUUCCUCCCGACACCUUUCUUCAUGUUUUGACAAAAAUAAACAGUGCCUCUAGUGGCAGAUUUCUGUAUCUCUGCUCACUCUUAGUCAAUGGUCGGCUGGCUCAGACUGAGGGCUAACCCAACAUUGUCAGUGAUUCUACAACUCACACACUAGAAAAUCCAGGGUUACGAAUAUCUGUACCAUUAAACAUGAAUCUCUUCUUGCUUUUUCACUUAUAUACCCAAAAGAAGAGAAAAGACAGGGUUUAAGAUUUAAAAAAUGUUCACGCCCAGGACUGUUUUGCUAACAAUGCUAAUUAUAAUUUACUGACACGUUCGGGUUAAUAAUCAAUUGCACACAUUUUAGCCGCCAGUGGGAACAAGAUCAAUUCACACAAGAACAAAACUGUUUAGUUUAGCACUGGAAGUCAAACAUGGCCUGUCAUGACAUAGAGGUCCUGCUUUAAAUUAAAAUAUUUGGGUUAAAAUACUAAGUUUCAUAGACUUACAGCUCAACAUAUGACCACAGAAGACACCUGGGACAAUUCUAAAUAUCUGGAUCCAUUCUAAGCUCAUUCUGUAUUUUUUAAAUAUGGCCACUGUUCGUAGGACAUGUUUAUUGGAUUCUUUGUGCCAAAUGCGUUUAUUCUCCUUGCCAUGUGGGCAUUCUGCUAAUUCUCUUUCUUCACAAUAAGUAACACGCUACGUGGGCAGAUAGCACUGUACAUUAUUAGGAGCAGUACAGCAAUGGAAACAUUUAAAAUUAAUCCUCACACAUUUUCAAGAACUUUGCAGAUUGAAUACAUUUUUAGAUCGGUCUAUCUCUAUCUAUCUAUCUAUCUAAUAUGACAUUUUGGGGCAGUUUCUAAUAUUUCUCUUUAUUUCUCCCGUUUGUUUUGCUUAAUGUUCAAAAAGACAAUAGACCCGUCAUAUAUUGUGGACACUUUAUAGAACACAAAUAUUUAUCUGCGGGUCCCUCUCAUAGUUUCACUUAGAAGGCAUCGGGGCAAGAGAUAUUUUUUUCUACUGCCUUGUAGAACCUCAAAAAACAUCUAUGUUACAGGAAGUACAGAGCAUCUAGUCUACUUGUCACAUUAGAAGUUUGAUUACAACAAUCCCCCCCCCUCCCCACCCCAUAUAACGUUAACCCCACCUUAGAAAAGGUUUUUUAUUAUAGAGUUAGAAAUGUACCAAAGCACAUCGUAUAAACCAGAAUAUUCCACCUCUCCAAUUCAUCUGUAUUUUUUUUUACUUACAUAACAUGGUGCUAGGGUGAGAGAGCUUAGUUCAUGGACAUAAUUCCAAAAAUUAUGUUCCUCAGGGGCGUGCCUUGACAAAGUGAGCAGUGCAGCAUGUGCACUGUGUAGACAUACAGAACGUUAGCAAUAGAUUUUAUCGUUCAUAUUUGGUGCUUCGUUUAUGGAUAAUUUCUCGAUGUCCGAAAGACAAGAUAAAUUAGAAGUGCAUCCACAGGGUAGUGUUGCCUUUAUCCUACAUUACAUCAGGACCUCUCACCAAACCUAACCCAUGAUAGUUAGGGAGCUGUUUAUGGACGUCAUAAAAAUGUCAAAUCACAAUGUCGAGCUCUCUGUUCUAUAACUUACUAAAAUCCAGUUCAUGCUCCAUUGGCCCAUUGUAUUAUCUCACCACAUAUGUAAUUUUGACAUUUCCUGCUGAUACAAACGGUAAGAAAAAAACAGCACAAAAUCAAAGUUAUUACUAUUUAUAUAAAAAACGCAAAGUAAAAAUAGAUUUAGUAUGUAAAGUGCAUAUGGAUUGACCUGUUUGAUUGGAACGUCUGUUGGAAAUCUAUUUCAAUAUGGGACAAGCACACUUGUACAUAUCACAGUGAAUAUUUAAACUUUAUUAGCAGUGCGGUAACCUGGUUGUUUGAUUAAUAAUCGCAGUAAGAAAAUAACAGGUUGUUUUCUGGUUGUGUACUGUCAUAGUGAGAAAUAUUCUGUAAAAUGUUAGAAGCCAAAUGUUUGUUAAAAA